AUGGAAUGGUGCUUAUCGUGUUCUGUGAAGACAGGAGGCUCCAUCACCAUCCCAUGUCCCUAUCAUCAGGAAUACAAAACCCAUGUGAAAUAUUGGUGUAAAGGAUAUUAUUUCAAUAGUUGCUCUCCUGUUGUACGCACUUACCUUCCUAAGAGCACAGCUAAGGCCUCAAUCUCUGAUGACAUCAACCAGCUAACCUUCACUGUGACCAUGACUGAUCUGGGGAGUGAGGACUCUGAAUGGUACUGUUGUGCUGUAGAGAUCAAUGUUGGAGCAGACGUCAGGAUAGAAGGAUUCCACCUAUCUGUGACUCCAGGUACUCCAGAACUCUAUGUGGACCAACAGGAGGUGACUGGAGUUGAAGGAGGGAGUGUCAUUGUAAAUUGUUACUAUAGUGACACUGGAAAUUGGAAGUGGUGGUGCAGGAUUGGUGGCAGUGUCUACUGUCAGACCACUGAUGCCACCAGAAGAAACAUCUUAACGGUGACUAUGAGUGGUCUGAAGAUGGACAACACUGGCUGGUACAGGUGUAGAGUGGGAUACUUUAUAAUGCCUGUUCACAUCACUGUCAGACGACAAACCACCACACAAAGUACCACCACUAUGACCACAACCCAAGCUCCAACCACUGAACAAUCCUCUUUCUCUCCAACAGCUGAGCCUGUUCAGACUGACAACACAGUCCAAGGACCUGAGGGGGCAAG